UGUAUCCAUAUUGACCUUAAUUUGAACUGUUUUUUUCAGCAUUUAGUGUGAGAACCUACAAUUGUUAUAUUUGUAAUAUCACCUUUACAUCAUUAGAAAUGUUCCGGUUCCAUAUGCAAGGAAGUGAACAUCAAAUUAAAGAAUCCAUAACUAUCAGUCUAGUGAAGAAUUCAAAGAAGACACAAGACUCUUACCAAGUAGAAAGUGAAGAUUACAUGAGAGCGCAGAAAGUUAGAGAACCAGAGCCCAAGAUUUGUUUCAGAAAAAUGGAAGAUAAUUCUUUGGAAACCCGUGGAUACAGAAAAGUGGUUGAUUUCCAAUCCAGACAUAGAGUAUAUGAACAAAGACACCCAUAUGAGACUUUCCGGACAUACCCAGAAUCAUACAAAAUUUCGCAAACAGUGGAAAACCGCUUACCUCAUUACUUACCAGCUUAUUCAAGGAAGACAUAUGACUCUUUCCAAGAUGAACUGGAAGAGUACAUCAAAGUGCAAAAAGCCAGAGGAUUACAUCCAAAGACUUGUUUCAGAAAGAUAAGAGGGAAUUCUAUGGAAACCCAUGGGUACAGAGAAGUUGAUUCUGGAUCCAGACAAAGAAUCAGUGAGCAAAGAUUUCCAGUUCAGACUUCUCAUACCUUUCAACGACCAUACAAUAUUUCACCAGUGGAAAGCCAGUUACAUCAUUCGUUACCACCAGCUUACUUAAAGAGGACAUAUGAUUCUUUCCAAAAUGAACUUGAAGAUUACAUCGAAGUGCAGAAAGCCAGAGGACUACAUCCGAAGACUUGUUUCAGAAAGUUAAGUGAUAGCUCUAUGGAAACUCAUAAGUACAGAGAAAUGUUUGAUUCCAGACCCAGACAUAGAAUGUCUGAGCCAAGAAUCCCAUUUGAGACUUUCCAGACCUACCCAGAAUCACACAAUAUUUCACAAGUAGUGAAAAAUCAGUUACCUCAUUGCUUACCAGCUCAUGACAGCAAACAGAAACUAGACUCUAUGACCUAUUGUCAGCCCACCAGAGACUAUUUCCCAGAAAAACCAGUACCCCUAAGCCUUAGUCAGCAAGAAAACAACUCUGGCUUAUACAGUAUAGAAUCUGAAGUUUACAAGCACCUCUCUUUAGAAAACACCACCAGUGUCCCUCAAGCACGUCAUAAACGGAGACAUCAGAAGAGAAGGCAUCUGGAGGAAGGUGAAGAAAAGCCAGAGAAAGAGCAGUCCAAACAUAAAAAGAAAAAGAGUGAUGGGGAUAUGGACCUAAAUAAGGACAAGAGCAUCCGACAAAAGAAAAGAGAGGGAGAUAAAGUUAGUGCCAGUUCAGGCAAGCUUAAGCACCGAAAAAAGAAAAAAAGCCACAGUAUACCCUCUACAAAAGAAGAACGUAAGCACAGGAAAGAGAAAAAGAAAUCUGUUGAAGAAAAGACGGAAGAGGAAAUGCUUUGGGAUGAAUCUAUUCUUGGAUUUUGAACUUUUAGGUUAAUUUACCCGAAGAUGCAUUGAAGAAAUCUUAUAAGAAUAUGGAUUUAGGCAAAGAAAUGUUCAGUGAAGAAAAAGAGGUGGAUACAGUCAGUGUCAGUUCAGGAAAGUUUUUUUUUUGUGUAUAAAAUUGAAAUUGAAUUAAAAGAAGAAACACACAACCCUAAACCUAGCCUUUGAGAAAGAACAUAAGAACAAAACAAGAACAUAAGACAAAAGUAUACCUGUUGAAGAAAAGAAGUCAUUCUUUGGGACGAAUCUACUCUUGGAUUUUGAAUGUUUCAGUUUUGUUAUUUUAAGUUUGAAUUAAAGAAAUAAGUUAAAGAGUUUCAUUUUAUGAAAUUCAUGUUAUUUGAAUUUUCCUAAGUGGACAGUGGUUUUAAUCUCUAACAAAAGCCAAGUGAAGUAAAAGUAUUUAAUAUGCCUUUUUGUCAAGU